AUAUUAUAUAAAGUCUUAAAUUUCUUACUUAGUUCUAAAGUAAAGAUGUGGCAAGAGAAGAAGGGAUAUACAGGACUGCAUAUAGUAAAGGGAAUUAAGGCUCUAGAAAUUAUUAUUAAGAUAAAGAAUAGUCUAGUAAGACUCUACUGCACACAAGUUAUACUAUAUUAUUAUAUAAAGGAUAAAAAUAAACCUGCAUAA